UUUGAAGUUAAGAGACAUACAUCGCAUUACACAGAUUCGUCUAGCGAAAUGGUUUUCAAACUUUUAGCUUUCGCCGGAGUCUUGGCAGUGGCUAGCGCUGGCUAUCUCGCCAACCCCUACGAGACGCCCUACGCUGUAGCUAAAGUAGCUGCUCCAUUGGCAGUAAAACAGAUUGUGCAGGAAGAGUAUGAUGCACACCCACAGUACAACUACGGUUAUCAAGUUCAAGAUAGUUUGACGGGAGACAGCAAAUCCCAACACGAGGCGCGUGAUGGAGAUGUGGUCCAAGGUUCAUACUCCCUAAUCGAUGCCGAUGGUUUCAAAAGAACUGUCGAAUACACCGCCGAUCCUGUUCACGGAUUCAACGCCGUCGUUAACAGAGAACCGAUCAAAACUGCCGUCCCUGUAGUAGCAAAGGCAGCGUAUGCCGCCCCGGUGUCGUACGCCGCCCCUGCCGCUUAUGCCGCCCCUGUCUAUAAGUCUGUGGCCGCUCCAGUUUCCUACGCCGCACCCGUAUCCUAUGCGGCGCCCGCUUUAGUGAAGUCGGCUCCAGUGGCUUAUUCUACUUCGUACUCGUCGCCAAUAGUGGCAAAAGUUGCUGCUCCAGUGGCAUACGCCAAGCCUGUAGCUUAUGCAUCCCCCGUGUCCUACUCCGCUUACCACCACUAAAGAUGUUAUUCUCUAGACUGAUUUGUUAUAUUUAUUUAUUGAUUCAUAGACUGUGUGCGAAUAUAUGUUAUUAUUGAA